AUGGAUGAAUGUAUUAAUAAACUUGUAAUUUGUUCUAAAAAACCAAAAAAACGAGCAAAGACUUUAUGCACAGUUUUUAGAAAAUUAUUUUUACCAAACACCACAUACAAGCUAAAAGAUAAGAAUGUAAGCGUUAGAAGAUAUAAAUCUUUAGGAGAAGAUUUAAAAAUGAGUCAUUUUAUUGUAACAGCUGAUAAUUAUAUUAAAAUUGGACAGAGACCAAAUGGGCCUACUUUUACUUUUAGUAUCGAAGAAUUUGAGGAAAAAAUGAAAAUUUUUAGUAACGCUAUUUAUUCUACAGACCCACUUAUUACGAUCACCGGGGAAAGUAAAUACAAUGAUUUCUUUACAAAUCUUAGUCAUCCAAACAAUACACCAGAAAGAAAUAUAAAUUUUCAUUUUGAAAAUGAUUUUAUACAAAUAAGACACUAUAAAAUAGAAACAGUAGAAGAAGAAAACAUUAAAGUCGGACUUACAGAGAUAGGUCCUCGUCUUACACUUAGAAUUAAGAAAAUUGAAGAGGAUUUUUUUCCAAUAUAA